UGUAGAAGUCUUUGAAAGCCAGUGCAUCCAUGGGACAAGUGAUUAUGGCGAUGAAGGUGAUCAAAACCAACAUCAUGGGCCUUGGCUGAACUCCAUAUCGUCUUCCGUCAUAUUGAAGAGGCUCGAACACAGAGACCUCAUACCUAAGCUUAACUAAUAGACGUUGAGUCUUCAUGAACUCUCUAAUAUGCUGGGAUAUACCGCAACCUAAAGAACAUGUGUCGUAUGAUACUUCAUCCCAGAUAAUAUUAUCUUCGAUUCCGAAGCGACCUACACUGGCUUGGAUCACUAAGCUCGCGAGACUCGACUGGGUUGCUUGACGACACAAAUCCCCAUUUAUUCCGCAACGUGUAGGUCGGUGAUGUGUUGAUGGUUGAGGACUAUAGUCAUAUACGGUCACAAAAAUAGUGGAAAUGGUCAAGGUCGUAAACUUCCCCGUCAAGCACAGGCGCUCGCUGUCAUCGUUCCGACCACAUUCAAAACGAGAACUAUGUAGUGAACCAAUGUUUGAUUAGGAUUCCUGCCAGCGAAACGCGCAACCAUGUCUACCCUGUCUUCUUCUUCUCCGAAUCUAAAUAUUCCAUAGACAACAAAGUUAUAACUCAAUUUUUGACAAAGUUCGAAAACGCUGUCCAUGAGGCAAUCGCAUGUCGAGUGCGCAGCGUGGAAUGCGCACCGGCAUAGCUAACUUAUUCAAUGACCAUACUUCCGUAUUCACACCCACAUACAGGGCCUCAGAGACCAACGAAAUCGACGACGUCCAUCCUAUGUAUUCAGACAUCGAGCAUCGUACUUUUGUGCGGUCUACCAUGAUAGGAGUCAUUGGGGUUCAAGCGAAGUCGUUCUGCGACCUGCAUGGUGGAUCCAAUUUUCGCAUCCGCGUCCCAGGUUCAGUGGCUACCGCAACGAGGACAUUCAUAGUGGAAGAUCGUAGCUUGGCGCUGAUGGAAAUACCUGCGCUCGACAACUGGGUGGUAACUCAGAGUCAUAUCGUUCAAGGAGUUACGAAGGUACUUAGCACGAUCUGCCAAAAUCGCUCCAGGCUGGAUGGGAUCAUUGUUCUAGACAGUACAAACCCUGAGCAAGUAGAACAGGAAUAUUCGCACCUUGUUAAGGCGCUUUGUGGGGAUAUUGCGCCUGGCAUUGUGGUCCUCGCGGGGAGGCAGCCGUGGAGCGUUAGUGCAGGUGGCCUCAUGCCAAUCAUAGCCCGAUACACAGGAACUCUUCAGUCCGGAAACCGCAUUCUUGGUAUGCUUCUGAAUCGUAUCCCUAUGCGGUUCCAUGAGCUGGAGCAGGUUGUGAGGAUGUACGUUAUGGAGAAAUAUCAGUUGAAAAUGGAGAAGAAGGCUCAUAUCGAAAACGAGGAACAAAAGCAGAGAGAUAGGAUGAGAAUGGGGGGUGGCAAAGACGAGAACUCUGGUGACGAAGAAGCACAAUUUCACGAAUGUCAACCUGCGGGUGUCGAACACUCCAAAUUGGAGGAUGAACUCCAAGACAUGAAGGAACGCAUGAGCCGCACCAUUGCAGAGUUAGAGAAGUACCCAACAGAGGGAGAGUUGAUUUCCAAGACGGUGUCGGAAAUGGGACGAGAAGUGGCCGCCUUUCGUGCGAAGGUUGAUCAUCUUAGCGACACAUUCACAUCUCACGAAGAACAAAGCGAAGCACAAAAUGAAGAAGUGAAGGCGCACCUCUGUGCCAUGGAGCCUCGCAUCAAGAUCUGCACAGAUGAUGUCGAAGUACUUCGGGAUGAUGUGGAUGACCUCCGCAAGCAAUUGGAGCGUGAAGUCAGCACAAAUCAAAGAAUGGCGGAGGCGAAUUCAGCACAGCGGGUGAGGCUGGAACGACAAGAGGACGAGAUCAAGAUGUUGCGUCAAGACAACAAAGACCUUCGCGCUCGAGAACAGGAGCGUGCCAAUGUAGUAGAUACUCUGAGGCGUGAGUUGCGUGCUUUGAAGGAGGAUAACCGCAGAUGGAGCAGGGUUCUCGCAGAAAUGAAUGAAAGGAUGGCCAAGAUGACAGGCCAGAUCGAACACCUGCAGAAUCGUGCAGCUCAUGAGCAUGAAGACGACGACGGCUGGUUCGUAGCAUGAAUGUUGACGACUAGUACUCACGACUUUUGUGGUUCUCCCAUGGCUAGGACACUCACUUCUGUGAAUAUACGCCAUUUAUGUGAUUUCUGGAAAAUUUAUGACCGCGAGAAGGC